AGAGGGAGAGCAGGGCAUAUAAUUGAAUAAGAUUCCUAGAGGAUCUGAACGGGAGAGUAGGCUACUAGUCCCUGAUUUAAACAGGACACUCAGAAGAGUAGUGGGACGCUGAGUUAAUGGAUCUUUCUUGAGGCGUUGAAUACUUACGUGUCGCUGUUCAUGGAGAUCUGGACACUUCUAUUCCUGGCUCAUAUAUCACAGCUGCCCUGCAGGAAUUGAAGCCACUAAUGACGACCCCAGCGAUGGAGAAGGAGGCGAGGCCUGUAGAGAAAGGGGCUACUCUUACAUCCCAUCUCUCCAGAGCACUUAAUCUGCUUACUGGGGACAUGCGUGUGUAUGGAGAAUGGAUAAAAAGGCAGAUUGUGGUGGUCCAGGUGGUGGACUGGGUCCUACGUGGGGUGGCCCAGGUCAUGUUUGUCAACAACCCCCUCAGUGGGCUGCUCAUCACAUUUGGCCUGGUGCUGCAGAACCCCUGGUGGGGCCUGAACGGACUGCUAGGAUCCCUCGCUUCCACACUGUCUGCACUCCUGAUUAGACAAAACAUGGGGGCCAUAUCUGCUGGUUUAUAUGGCUACAAUGGGACCCUGGUUGGAAUGCUGAUGUGUGUCUUCUCAGCCAAAGGGGACUGGUACUGGUGGCUUCUGCUCCCUAAUAUGUUCAUGUCCAUGUUAUGUCCCAUAGUCUCCAGUGCCCUGGGCUCAGUGUUCAGCAAAUGGGACCUCCCUGUGUUCACUCUACCAUUCAACAUCCUUGUGUGUUUGCACAUGGCUGCCAUGGGGUCUAACCACCCCUACUUUCCAGAGGUGCUAAUGCAGCCAAAGUCCUCUCUCCAUCUGAACACCACCUUGGCAGAACGAAGCAUACCUCAGCUCUUGAUGGCGGUGCCAGUUGGCGUGGGUCAGGUGUACGGCUGUGACUGCCCCUGGACUGGAGGAAUCUUCAUCAUAGCACUGCUGCUUUCCUCCCCAACCAUCUGCAUGCACGCUGUACUGGGCUCUAUUGUUGGUGUAGUGUCCGGUCUUGUUCUGGCUGCUCCUCGUGAGGACAUCUACUCAGGACUGUGGGGCUACAACAGUUGUCUGUCCUGCAUCGCUAUUGGAGGGGUGUUCUAUGCAUUGACAUGGCAGAGUCAUCUACUGGCUAUUACCUGUGCCUUUUUCUGUGCGUACAUGAGUUUGGCCAUUUCAAAUCUGAUGUCCAUAUUUGGGCUACCAGCAUGCACCUGGCCUUUCUGCCUGUCCGCCCUCACCUUCCUCCUCAUCACCACUGAAUCCAGAGCCAUACACAGACUGCCUCUGUCGGCCGUGACGUACCCUGAGGAAAACAGGCGCUACAACAAAGAGAGGUCACCAGAAAAUCACCAGGAGGAUCAGCAGAACAUCAGUAAAGAGGAGAAACUGCUGGAGAGAAGAGAAGAGAUAAAGCCUCAUAUCAGCCUGUCAGUAGAGUAGUGUGUAUUCUGAGGACACGAAGUGAAUAGCCUAUCUCUCCGUGAAUGCUAGUAGCCCAUGGAAAAAUUCUAGGAAAAUGUUAGCAAAUUAUAGUAAAGUCAACGCUGGAGUUAGAGACAUUGAAAACAUAUUGGCUAGGAUAUCAAUAGCUAUUGUCUUACAGUCAAAGAAACCUCUGACUUAAUUUCAUCUUCCUCUACUGUUUUGAAAAGCACAGUUUUUCUAUCCUGGAAUCCACACUGAAUAUGAUUCCGGGCUGGAGUUUCACUAUAUUCUACAAAUACUUUUGCAAUGAGCCUAAUAGUCUCUGGACUACAACAACUUUAGCAUCCUUACAUUGGACUCAAUAUUUUAUUGUAGAAUUUAUAGUUGUGUUUUGCUAGUACACCUUUUUACGUAUGGGCUUUGAUUCAGGCUGUACCACUAAUUUGUCAUAACUUUAUUGCUCAGUAGAGGGCAGCACUCACCAAAGCAAGCCGAUGCUUACUGCUGUGUCUGAAUGAGUCAUUUUUGGAAUCUCAAAAUAAGCGCUGUUUAUAUGAAACAAUUUUUGUUACAAGUUUUCUUAUUCUAUUUAUUAGAUUAGUAGAGAGGUGAGGGGGGGAUACACCCAAACAGAAAUACAUUUCUUCUCUUUGGAUGUAGAGAGGAAUUUACAUUGCAGUAGAUCAUAACAGCAGUUCAGCCACUGAGUUGUUAUAGGGCGCGCUCAUUAAGUUCUCUUCCAGCAAAACCAGGCUAUUUUCAGACAGGUACUGUACAUCACGACCUCGCCUCGUCUGCACUCGGAGGUAGAGUCAUAUUAUUGGAGA